AUGAACAAGGAAAACAAGACUCAAGCUGUUAACAAGGCCAAGAACACCGCCAAGGUUGCCAAGAAGGGAUCUUCCAUCACCAAGCACAAGACCUACACUGGUGUUAGAUUCUUCAGACCCAAAACCUUAUAAUUAGCUAAGGCUCCCAAGUACUCCAGAACCGUCAGAGCUCACCUUAAGGUUUCUGGUCACUUAGAUAACCACUCUGUCGUCAAGACCCCCUUGACCACUGAAAAGGCCAUGAAAAAGAUGGAAGACGAAAACACUAUGGUUUUCUACGUCCACAACAGAUCUACCAAGCCUUAAAUUAAGUCUGCUUUCGAAAAGCUCUACAACGUUAAGGUUAGAUCCGUCAACACCCUUAAUACUAUCACUGGUAACAAGAAGGCCUACAUCAGAUUAGCUGCUGAUUCUGACUCUCUUACCCUUGCCAACAAGAUCGGUCUCAUAUGA